AUGUAAAAUUAACACUUUAGAAUUAUAUCUGAUCAUCUCUUACACCCUCUAAGAUAGCAACUGACUGGAGAUGUUUAGAUUUAGAGAAGAGUGUAUAAAAAUAUUGGAUCGAGCUUUUCUGCUGACUGGAAAAAAUAUAAAAUAGAUUCAACUCAGUGCAUUUUUAAGUACAAUUUUAAAUAGUAUAUCGAAGCUGAGUACAUUAAUAACUUCUUUUAAAUUUAGAUAUACUAUUAAUAUAAAAUAUAAGGAGGUGACUUUUAAAAACUUGUUGUCAAAGCAUAAAGAAAAGAAAUUGAUGAUUAUAAAGUUGAAUAUGACAGCAGAUUUUUCAGUUGGAAAUACAUUCAAGUUUCAUUUGAUAUUUUUGUUAAUACUAAAAUAUUAGAGUUAGAAUUAAAAUUACCAUUGAAUAUUGAUUCUAAUUGCAAUUCUGAAGAAUUGUAAAAUGUAGAUUUUACCUACGGAAAUAUUAAAAGUAUGACUAUUACUAAAAUAACUAAUAUUUUGUGUCCUACAAAAUCCUCACCUGAAAGCAUUUACUCGUGCUAUAACUGUUUAGAGGAAUACAACAGAGUUAUGGUGAAUAAUUAUUGUGAAUGUGAAGAUGGCUACUAUUAAUAUAAAAAUUAAUUGACUUGCUCAAGAUGUAAUGGAAGUUGCAAAAAAUGCAAUUACAACAAAAAUAAAUGUUCUGAAUGCUUUGAAAAUGCUUAUUUAGAUUUAAAUAAUUAAUGUAAAUGUUAUGAUGGAUUCUUUUCUAAUUUCGAUUAGAAAUGUGAAAAAUGUAGUUCUAAUUGUAAGAAGUGCUAAGGCCGUUCAGAUUUUUGUACUCAAUGCAUUGAUGAUAUUAAUAUGAAACCCCCUUCGUGCAAGUGCCCAAACGGAAUGUAUUUUGACCUUGCUGAUUAGAAAUGCAAAUUUUGUAGCUAUAAAUGUUCGACUUGCACUGAUAGACCUGAUUAAUGUACUACCUGCACAAAAGGGUACUAGUUGGCGCCAUUAUGUAUAAAAGAAUGCGAUUAAUUUUAAGAGCUAGACUUUUAAAAAAAUGAGUGUGUACCACUUUCUUGUGAUAAUAAAUGCGGUUCUUGUAUUGGAAAAAGAAACAAUUGUUCUACAUGCCGAGGAGAUCGCUAGCGUCCUCCUUAUUGUUUAUGUGAAUAGCACAAAUAUGAUGACUUGAAAAGUGAAAAUUGUUUAACCUGUCCUAUUGGAGAAUUCAUAGAUGUCAAUUCAGGAAAUUUUAAAUGUUAAAAGUGCCACUUUUCCUGUAAAAGAUGCAAAGGAAGCCUAAUAACGGAUUGCACUGAAUGUUAUCCAGAUUAGUUUUAUUUAAGCGCUUCGUCUACUUGCGAAUGCAUUGAAUAAGAAAUGGAUAUAAUAAAUGAUACAAAAUCAAAAACUCCAAAAUGCUAAACUAUGAUGAAAAUGAGCUUGAAAGUUUACAUUAAUGAAAAUUUUCAGUAAGUUUUUAGAAUAGAGUUUUCUUCGCCUUUAAUAAAGAGCAUAAAAAAACUAGACUUAGUUGAAGCUUUAUAAAUAAAACUGGAGAAUGUUAGCUAAAAUGAAUACUAAAUAUAGUUUUUUGAUAUAAUAGAUAGAAACUACAUAGAAUUUAUCAUAUUUGCUAAUAAGAUUAUUCCCAAAUAAAAAAUAUUUGUAUAGCUGCUCACUCAAUAUGUUUUAUAUGGAGAGGGCUAAAAUAUACUGAGUAGAUGGUACUUGAACAACCCUAUAGAAAUCUAGAUGUUCCAAGACCUUCAAGAUUUAUCUAACAAACAAUAAAAUUUACUCAGGCUUAAAAAGGCUUCAGAAUCCGUUUAGAACAAUCCGUUUGUGAAAUUUGUAACCUAGUACUACUUUUUUUUAUUUAUAUUAAGCACACUUCAACCUACGAUACUUUUUAUUUUAGUUUCUACUUAACUACCAAUUACUUUAGAGCUAUUCUUAAAGAUAAUAGGAUAAUUUGUCUUUAAUAAAAAUAAAUUUUUUGCAUGGUAUGAACUAUCUUAGGAAAAUGCGAAAUAAGAGUAUUAUAUUUUCUUUUUUGAUGUUACUGAGUAUAUUAAAAAUGAUAAGCCACAAAGCUAUGAAAUAGAGUAGUUAGGAUUUAUGAAAAACUUUAUAUUUAACAACUAGAUACCUUUACUUAUUGUUACUCUUUUUUGCAUUAUUUAUUGGAUAAUUUCCUUUAUUGACGUGUUUAAGCUUUGUAAGAUCUGUUUUAAAUAAAAAUAAGAAGAUUAAGUUGAUAAUGGGAGUUAACAUCUUAGUUAAACAUCGUAAAAUUCUAAAGGUUUAAUGAAAGAGCAAUAAUAAAAAGGAUAAAAUAUUUAGGAUAAAAAAUAAGAAUAAGUUUAUAUGAAUCAAAAUUAGAAUUAAUCAAUAAAUGGAUAUGAGCAAAUGAAUAGCUAAUAAGUUUUAUAAGAAUAAAGAGAAUCUAAUGAAACAAAAACAUCAAUUGAUUCUCAAGAUCAGUCCAAAAUAACUGAUGAAUAGGAAAAAUAAAAUGAUUAAAGCAAGAUUAAAAAGAUCAAAUAGAUUUUAUAAAAUUUAAUAGUCUCUAAUAUGGAAUCUAAUUUUGCUAUUUACUUUAUUUCUAUGGGAAUUUUUUUGGGAAAAAUAAUAACUAUCAUCUGCGUAUAGCUUAAUAGCUUUAAUUAAAUAGCCUUUGUUUCAAUGAUAUUAAUUGUUUAAAUACUCCUGCUUAUAUACAUUAUAUUUGUUAGACCAUUUAAGAGUAGAAUUUUCCUUUGCUUAAAAGUAAUUGCAACCUCCAGCUAUUUGCUUAGUUGGUUUUGCCUUUUGCUUUAUUUGAUCAAAAGGUAACAAUUAAAUUCUUAAUCUGAACAGUUUUACGAGUCAAAAGACGUUGAAUAUAUGGAUAAUUUAGGUCUUUCGAUUAUAAUACUACUAAUAGUAUUUAACGCAAUUUACCUCAUUUUGUUUUUAAUAAAAAUUGCCUAUUAGACUGUUGAAUUAUGUAAGCUUCUUUGGUCUAAGAAAGAAAUUAAUUUGAUAGUAGUGUAUAAAAAUUCUAAUUCAGAUGACACAUAUUUAUAGUUUAAUAUGAAAAAUAAUAUAAAGUAACAAUUUAUUGAACUCUAAACUUAGACCAACAACAGCGAGGAUAAAUAUAAAAAAAUGGAAUACGAAGAGUCCAAUAAUAAAACAAAAAUGUAAUUUAAAUCUUAAUGCAUUUAACUUACAGGAAUUAGCAUUACAAACUAAAACGAUCUCAAAUAUUUAAACAAAAAGAUAUGA